GAAGUGAGUUACGCGCGUACGUACGCAAGGCACGAACAGACGCGGAUAACAACCGGCAAAAGAAUUAUUAAAGAAUAUCUAUCGAAAAGCGAGUUUACGUGCACUACGCGCAUAAAAGCGACGAGUAAAAUACAAAUACAAAGAGAUUUGAAAAUAUGUUGUGUUAGAAAAGUGAUGAGUUUUGAAAACACGAAUUCCAUGAAAGUAAUUAUUUGGAAAAGUGCUGAAAAGAGUAAAAAAGAUAAACCAGAAUUUAGUAAAAUUUAUUUCACGAAUAGUGAACAACGUUACACUUACAAAAGCAACAAUAACAGCAACUAAUUUUGCAGCGAAAAAAUUAAAGAUAAUUCAAUUAAAGAAGUCAAGCAGCAAGAAUAACGCAACAUAUUGCACAGCGGCCAGCCAAUGGUUAGCUAAACGAGCGCGCGGUAAACGUUAAUCGGCAGGCGGUAAGUGGUAAGCAGUGCGCACGUUUGCUAAUAAUAGUGGCAGCAAAAACUUUCGAAAUUUUCAAAAAGUACUUCAAAGCGCAAGCUACAAGCGAACGACGCGGCGCGCCAACAACUUUGCGCGUCCCUCCUACUCCACUCCCCGCGCUACAUCGACGAAGUCAAAAUCGCAGCGACGCGCGUGUUUUCGUCAGUUUGGCCUGGUUGCGCUCUCUGUCCGCGCAUUCACGAAGCAAGAGUCAGCCGUAGCGGGCAACAUUAACAACAACAAGGAGAAUAAUUUGAGAAAUAUUACUACAAGAGCUUGCUAAAUCUUGAGUUAAACAGCACAUAACCGCGUCGUCAUCGGUGCAGCGUCAGCAACAUCAUUAGUGUCAAAAAAGCAUAAAAGUAAAAACAAAAAUUAUAAAGCGCAUAAAAGUAGUGUAAAAAAAAAUUUCAAAUCCAUGUACGAGCAUGAACCUGAAAUCGUGGAGCAAGUAGAAAAUAGAGAAAAAAGAAAAUUUAUUAGCCAGACACAAAUUAGUGCGUGGUCAUUAAAAUCGAAAUAAAAACUUGCCAGGAAAUUGACAAAAAAUUGGCGCGUGCAAUUAAUAAAAUAGCAACAGUAAACAAACAGGAAGCGACUGCGGCAGCAAAAACGCCACAAAAUUGUAAACAAUAAACCUGAGAAGGAUUAAAAACAAAUUGCAGAACGUCCACACCCCCGCUACGCGACUCAGAAAACAACCAGCAGCAUAAAAUAUAAAUCAAAGCAAAAAAAAAAAAACGUCACAGAAAUCAUUGGCAAUUUGCAAGUCGCGCACAAAUCGCAUAGUCACAGCGGAAGCUCGAUCAAAUCACUCUCACACACGCGCGCGCGCACAAUACAUACAUACAUACGCAUACGUGCGCCCUUCCGCUAGUGACAAAUUUUCGCUGGCCAUGAAAACUAGUGGCCGCCGGCAGUUGUUUCCCGAUCGUCACUGAUCGUUCAAAAAACAAAAAAAAAAAUAAAAAUAAAAACAAAAACAAAAAAAAACACGAGAAAAGAGCGAAACCUUCGACAAUCGCCAGCUAUUGACGACGUCAUACAACUAUUGUGUUCCACUCUACGCGAUUAAUUGGAGCGCAUCAAGUGUUUUCUUAUCAAAUAAAAAGCACCUUAUUGACUUCCGACGGAAGUGAAUUUCUUUAAUAAGAGCCGAAUUCUCGAAAACAGCUCAAACGCCAAUCAAAUCCAUCCUCCUCUAAACUAAAACCAUGCAAGUUGAAUCGAACUUCUUGAAAUACGCUGGCCGCGUACCGCCACUCGAUCUCUCUCAGGUCAGCGCCAACUGUCGCAACGAGAACGAACUGCAGCAGCUGUGGAGCAGCAAGGCGGCAAAUUCGCCGUCGGUCUUGAAACGUGCCGCUGCGCUAACGCAUCCCUACUUGCAAUCACCGCAUACACCCGCGCACAGUCCCAACAGUCCCAACAGCAACAACAAUAAUACCAAUAGUCACAACAACAACAACAACAAUAACCACAACAAUUUUAAUACAAUCCUAUCACAGCACACUUCACUGCAGCAGAUGGGCUCCGACGGUCUACCAUUGGAUCCGCGCGACUGGACACGCGCCGAUGUCUGGAAAUGGCUAAUCAAUAUGGCGGUAUCCGAAGGUUUGGAAGUGACGCCUGAACUGCCUCAAAAAUUUCCCAUGAACGGCAAGGCGUUGUGCCUAAUGAGCCUCGAUAUGUAUCUGUGUCGUGUGCCGGUUGGCGGUAAAAUGCUGUAUCGUGAUUUUCGUGUGCGAUUAGCGCGUGCCAUGGCGUUGCUGUCCUAGACGAUAGACUUAGAUAGAUACAUAGAUGCAGACAUAAGGAUAUAAAGAAAUGAGUAGUUAGUUAACUGUUUUUUUUUUUUUUGUAAAUGACUAAAUAAAUA